UGUGUCAGUGCUACUGCAUCUCUUCCUCCAAAGCCAUGUGCUGCGCUGGUGUCACCUCCUGCCUGCAUCAGCUGGCCCAGGUGAGCCACCAAGAGCUUAGAUCAGAGCAUCAGGUGCAAUGACUGCAAAGUGUUGUGGAGAUGCUGGGGACUCGGCUGCAUUCUUAAUGGCAAAUUUUUGCUUAACGAGGGGUUCAUCUGAAAGAUGCUUGUAUAUAGCAAUGACUCUGCACCACUGGCAUCGGCAGGUAUUUACUGAACUUCAACAAAUUGUCUUCAGCAGGCGUGAAUCAGCAUGCGGUAAGUUGGUCAAAUGUGGCUGAACUCUGUGGCCCCUUAACUGUGAGUUAAAUAUAUUUUUUGUUCCACUGAGUGUUAUUUGAACAAACAUAUUUUCCAGCAUGCUCCCUGUAGGAUAGGGGCUGCCAUUGCCCACGUAUUUAUUUAGCUCACACGUUGGCAAGUUGAAGUGGAAAAAGCCUUUCCACAGAAGCUGCAAAUAGAAGAAAAUCCUAGCUAUACGCAAAAUCCCAUUUCUUCUAUGAUCUCGCCCUUACAAAGAACAGCCACAAUUAUUUUUCCCAUCAGCUAUUAACUGUAGUCCCCAUUUUUCCUAUCCAUACCAACAUAGAUAUUUUUGGCACCUGAAUAUAGUGUUCCUCUGCCCCAGUUAGCUCCUGUGUAGCACUCUGCAAGUGACCCUUGUGAAGAAGAGCAGGCCCAUGAUAGCAGGGCAUACUCCUCUGAACAUCUCAAAGCUUGCUGCUCUGCUUCAGUUCUUCCUACUUUCCUCAUGUUGCUCUCCCAACUUCUCACUUUAUUAAGGUACCUCUGCUCACUGAAACCAGUUUGUGGUGCUCUUUACACAAACAGUUGGAGAUGACAACUCUCAAAGAAUCAGUAUUUUGAAGAUUUCUGUGAUCUAUUCAGGUUCGCAAGUGCAAACACAAAAGGUCUGGGGAAAUAAUGUGUUUAAACCAACAAAAAUGCAAAAGAUGAAGACACACCUAUGACUGCACAGCUGCUUCUGAAUUCACCGAGUCUCUUCAACCAUACCUGGCAAUGAGCCAAAGACCAGAUGAAAAAAGAUGAAAAAAAUCAUGAAAAUAGAUGGCUCAGUAGAGGACAGAGACCUCCAAAUAGUGUCCUUCGGGAGAGAAAUCAGCAUAGUGGACCCCAUACCUUGCCUUCUCUGCUGCCCAGCCAGUGCACGCACUCUGAAGAGGCUGAAAUUCCAGACAGUUCUGUCAGUGCUCCUGUACCAACAUUAAAAUCUGUGGUGGAAGCUGUGACCACGUCCACUUCACGAGUGACAACGCUGCAAUCGACAGUGCCAAUGACCACUACAGUCAAAGCUACAACUGUGUCUGUCACAACUGUAGGCUCCACACCUCCUCCAAUUGCAGCUACACAAAGAACAACAAAAGGUACAACCACGCAGCUGUCUGCAGAAGUGACCUCUACAGCAAGAAAUGAAGAUGACAACACAACAAGCACUUCACAAGUGAGUGGAACACAAGCAACACAAAGUGAGAGUGUGGGUGCUCCAUCUACUAAGGGAUCGACUUUGUCUCCAACAACCUCUCCACAAAAAACCACUUCUGCUUCUGAAAGCUCAGACCUCCACGUGAGCACCCCAACAGAGCCAGCAAAUCUAGUUUUUGUCAUCACCAAAAGCAGUUCUGGAAACACCAAAAUGCCAGAGGAUACUAUCCAUUACUCCAGCGUUAUCUUGCCAAUUGUCAUCACGUUGAUAGUCAUCACCCUUUCUGUCUUCUCACUGGUGGCUUUGUACAGAAUGUGCCACAAGAAAAUUCCAGAGAGACAAGAGAACGGCACUGAACAGGCCCAGUCGGAUAAAGAAGGUGUCAAACUUCUGUCUGUGAAGACAACCUCUCCAGAGACUGUUUUUGUAGAAGCGCGUGAUAUAUUUGAGGUUGGCUUCUCACUGCCCUCUGCCAACCUCUCUGAGCUCACAGCUCCUCCUCCGGCAGGAGAGGUCUCACAAGGCAGGACCGCAGGAGAACAUUCAUCUCAGGGGAAGAAUAAAACUCGGCAGUGUGAUGAUUCCUCUUCACACCUCAGCAAUAAAUACAUGUGAAGCAGCCUGUUUUAUCACAACGUGCAGGAACGUCCCAUGAAGGUUGCAAUGCUGCAGGAAAUGUGGAGUAGCUGAAGCUUUUUACCAGGCAGGACACUUGUGUUAAUGACCAGCCCUUGACUUCUAAACCUCGAGUGUCUCCCGUCCCUUCUGGAAUGACAUGUGCUUUUUUGAUGGCUUAUUAACUGGUAUAUCAUAUGUAUUUAUUAUUUUCUUAUAUAGUAAAAGCAGGAAAGGUUUCAAGAAGGUUGAAGAGCGUGUUUGCAUAGUAAUUAUUAAAGAUGUUUUCUGCACAUACAGGAAGGAAUAUGUUAGCAUACUUUGUUGAACUAAUGGUAGAUAGGGUUCUUUUAAUUGUAUGUAGCAAAAUGCAAACAGGGCCUGGCCCUUGAAACAGUACUGGGCAAAUUGCCACUAUGAAAGUUAAUUCCGUGAUUUCCAUGAGACUCCUCACUGUAGCACACACUCACUUGUCAUAACUGUUUACAGGAUGGGAUGCCUGGGUGAAAUCCUGAAGUGUGUGCUUUAUUUCUGUGAAGGGGGGGAAUAUACCUUGCACUGAGGGGUUUUUGUUUUCAUUUUUUUGUUUGUUUUAUUUUUUAUUUUUUUAAAGUUCUGUAAAUUGCUGAAUAUGGUCCUUGUAAUGUAGCAGGCAACAUAGUUUAUUUUCUUCUGUUCCUUGGCUAAUCACUGCAUUAUGCAUGCUAUAAAUGUCUCUCCUACAAGCUGUGGUGCACAGUGGGGAUCAGCAGGGUAAGAAAUUUUGCAGCUGAACCCUGUGUUCAGAGUAUUGCAUGGGAUUCCUCUUGGCUAUUGAAUAACUCCAGAAGUUUAAAGAGUGUUUCAAGUGAUAAUUACAGACACUUGAUUUGUACAGAGCUGGCACUUCAAAAAUAUCAAGUAGUGCUUCUACCUGCAUGUAUCCUACUUUGCUAGAACUAUAAAUGUUUGAAAAUUAUAUUCUUUUGAGCAUCUGCUCAGUCUCAAUCCACUGACUCUGGCAGUGUGCUGAGAAGCUCCAUCGUUUCAUUGGGGAAUGGAAAGGGGACAAUUGGUGGUGUAAGUGCAGGACGCAGAGCUAGGACAGUAACCUGAGUUUUGAUACCUACUGAUACAGUGUUUUUGAGGAACUUCUCUCUCCAGUUUCCUUCACUGGGACAAGAAAACUUAUUAGCAAUAUGUUAAGAAAUCGAGCAGAUUUGUUAGGUCAUGUUUAUACACAAAGAUAAAGUGUUUGAUUCCCUGUGUUUGACCAUUGCUGUUAUUUCAUCUAUGAUGGAUCUGAUCCUCUGUCUUAGCAGCACCAAGAUAAACUUUUGAUGAAGUUUUGUAAAAGAUGGGGAACCAGCCAGGGUGUUCCAUGAUGCAGCUGAACUUCUAUGGUUUGUUCAGGUGUUCCUGAAUCACUUGGGUUGCUCUGGAGCAGAGGAGUCUUGAAUGCCUGCUUUGGAAAAGUCGGGCCACCUAAAACAUGCUAUUUAGCAUUUUCACCUAUUCAGAUUCCUGAUUGCUGAAGUUUCCUAUGAAAAAAAGCAAUCAUUGUGGAUUUUCAUACUGGUCAAAAAAAAAAAAAAAAAAAAA